GUCUCCAGAGUCUUUGAUGAUAUUAAAUCCGAAUCAGGUCACUUUUUGGUGCCUGACCCAAUUGAACUUACUAUAGCAGCGAUUACGGGCUGUCUCAAGACAAACCCAUCUGGUCCAAGAGAUUUGCGGGAUGACAUCAGAGAGGGUGAAGAAGCAUCAUAUGGGUUUGUGGUUAACACUUUCCAGGAGUUAGAGACAUAG